CAAGGGUUCAGGACACAGGAAGGCAGCUGUCAGACGGGACCAGAUCAGAUGAGAGAGACAGGCCGAAUUACAGUAAAACACUGAACACUGAGUCUAAAGCAGACAAAUUCUGCAGCAGUGUUGUUGUCUAGCUUUUAAAAACCUGUGUUGCUGUUGUGAAGCAUUCAGAGAUUACUGCUGUCCUUCAGCUGUUUUUCUCUCUCUUAAUGACCCACCCGAUCCUAGGUUUCUCCCUCUCUCCCUCUCUCUCCCUCUCUCUGAAUGUGGGAUUAAGAUGGAUUACACUCUCUCCCUCCAUGAUUGGAUUACAGACUCAAUAUCAGAUGGCACAAGAACGCAUGAUCACAAAAAUCAAAGAGCACACCAAAUGCCUGGACUCAUCAUCCUGUUCUCUUUAUAUCCUCUCAGAAAAAGAAAGAUGCGGCGCUCUGGAGCUCCCAGCAAGCUCUUGGGUAAUGCAGUGAAAAAGCCUCGAUUUGUGCCACCUGGUGCAUGUACUUCACUUUCUGUGGCUCAAUCCAAGCCUUUGACCCCCAAACUUGGUUCAGGCAAUGCACUGGAUAAAAUCCAGAGAAACCUUGCAACACCAGGUGCAAGUAAGACAGAGUUUAACGUCCAGCCUGAAGCUGCCCCAGCCUUGUCAAAGGUUCUGGCUCGUGUUCUCAGUGCAACUGAGAGUAAGGAAAAUGAGGCUGAGACAAAGCAUCAGAACCCUGGAUUAGGAGCCUCUGCUGAAGACUAUAAAACAGCAGGAGUGAAUGAUGGCCCUCCUGGGUCUCCCCAAACCCCUCAGCCUCCUGCAGGCUCAGACUCCGGCUCCAGUCAGGAUGGGGCGCGUUACUUCAGUGUGGUGUGGUGUAAGGCCAGCAAGAAGAAACAUAAGCGCUGGGAGGGAGACGCAGUGCUGGUGACAAGAGGACGCACAGUCACUCUUAAAGAUAUGGAGGGGAAGGAUAUUGGAAAGGGUAGUGGCUACAAGGUGUCGGAGCUGGCCUCGCUUUCUGAGGGAGAGACUCUCACGAUUGGUGGGAAAGAGGUGGAGGUGAUGGGAGUCAUUUCUGCUGAGGACUUUGCCAAGGGGCGCUGUUUUCAGGAGGUCCAAACAGAGCGAGUGGAGUUAAACACAAAGUCUGCUCCACCACCCUCCUGCCGCUUGGCAUUCAAACCUUUUUGCCCUCCAACAAUGGUGGGCGGAGCGGGCCACAGAGAAACAAAACCAGAGGAGGAACAAACCCGCAGACCUCGCCAUGACCCCCUCGCUCCAGGUGCACUGGUGAUGCCUCGCCCUUCCGCCAACCACCAGUGGUUAAAUAACAAGUCAGGGCUUCCUAUGGUCGAUGUUGUGCUUGACCCACACCUAACCACACACCUGCGACCGCACCAGAGGGAUGGCCUGCUCUUCCUUUACGAGUGUGUCAUGGGCAUGAGAGCUGCAGGUUGCUACGGUGCGAUCCUGGCCGACGAAAUGGGUCUGGGAAAGACUCUCCAGAGUGUGGCGCUGUCUUGGACGUUGCUGAAGCAGGGACCUUAUGGUGGGAGGCCAGUUGCUAAGCGUGUGCUUGUGGUUACACCUGGCAGCCUGGUACAGAACUGGGCCGCAGAAUUCAACAAGUGGCUGGGCCGUGAGAGGAUCAGCGUUUUCACUGUGGAUCAGGACCACAGGAUAGAGCAAUUCGUUUUGUCCCCACUGCACACCGUUCUUGUGAUAAGCUACGAAAUGCUGCUGCGCUGCCUGGAGCAGGUCCAGAAAGUUGAUUUUGGUCUUAUAAUCUGUGAUGAGGGUCACAGAUUAAAGAAUAGCAACAUCAAAACAUCAUCAGCCCUCAGCAGCCUCGAGUGUAAUCGCAGAGUCAUACUUACAGGCACUCCAGUUCAAAACGACCUGCAGGAGUUCUACGCCAUCAUUGAGUUUGUGAACCCUGGGAUUCUGGGCUCAUCGACUGCUUAUAGAAAAGUAUACGAGGAACCAAUCCUGCGCUCCAGACAGCCCUCAUGCACAGAGGAGGAGAGAGUUUUGGGAGAGGAGCGAGCGGCCGAGCUCUCUCGUCUGACUGGCAUGUUCAUCUUGAGGCGGACGCAGGAAAUCAUCAACCGCUACCUGCCUCCUCGCCUCGACUGGACGUUGUUUUGCGAGCCGUCCCCUCUGCAACGAGAGCUGUACAAGCACCUCCUCUGCCACAGAGUCUUCAGGGCCUGCCUUCAGGGCUCCACUCAAACCCACACACAUCUGGCUUGCAUCACCGCACUGAAAAAGCUCUGUAAUCACCCCGGACUGCUCCACGUCACUGUUAAGGAGAGGACAGAUGCUGGCUCUGUGGAGAGUUCAUUAUAUGAGGGGCUGGCAGAUCUCUUCCCAGAAUCCUAUUCUUCAGGAGGAUUCACCAUGGCUGACUCUGGAAAACUGCUGGUUCUUACAGACCUGCUUGCCGCCAUUAGACAGCUGAGCUCUUCAGACAGGGUGGUCGUAGUGUCAAACUACACUCAGACGCUAGACUUGCUCCAGGACCUGUGUGUACACAUGGGCUACACCUUCUGUCGGCUGGACGGACAUACCCCCACAAACCAGAGGCAGCGACUGGUCGACAGUUUCAACAGUCCCUAUUCUCAGAACUUCCUGUUUCUGCUGAGCUCUAAAGCAGGUGGGGUUGGGCUUAAUCUCAUUGGCGCUUCCCACCUGGUGCUAUAUGACAUCGACUGGAACCCUGCCAAUGACAUUCAGGCCAUGGCUCGGGUGUGGAGAGAUGGACAGAAGAAGACUGUGCACAUCUACCGUCUUCUCACUGCAGGCACCAUUGAGGAGCGUAUAUUUCAGCGACAGGUGUCCAAACAGGGACUCUCUGGAACCGUGGUUGACAUGGGGAAAGGGGCAGAGCACACGAGUUUCUCCACCAGUGACCUGCGAGAUCUUUUCAGCCUGACGGAGACGCCCUGCCUGACUCAUGACCUGCUGAACUGUGGCUGCGGCAUGGAUGGCACACUCAGCGCUAUCACAGAUGAGGAGGAGCUGGUUUCCGAACGGCCCUGCCAGCUCGGUCGCCAAGGUGACCGUAAGGGGGCGACACAGAAGCAUCUCAGCAUGUCCGAACUCAUGCAGUGGAGACAUUUCUCCGGUGACACACACUCCUUCUCCGACCCCUACCUCGAUCACGCGCGAAACAACAUCACUUUCGCCUUCCAGACCACCAUCUCUCACGCAACCCAGUAAACAACCAACUCGCGUGACGCACACUCGCAUAGCUUUCUGCACAAACCUCUUCAGGUCCUCUGGACUUUGUCAGCCUCGAUUUGACGUAUGAAUAACGCUCCACCACUGCUGCACGUUACGCUAUUUCCAGUAGUUUUAAAACCGCUUUGCUCCUGCGAUUCUGUAUUGCCCUAAAAUUUUCACCUUUUGUUUAUUUAUGCAAAAUAACUCACUGUAAAAUUCUAUAAAAUAAGCAUAAAUGAUUAAGAAAUGUUUAACAUUUGUCAGUGUUUGAAAAGUUCUUGCUGGUGAAAGAGGCGCAUAUAAAAUACAGAUUUAUAUCAUGGGUACAGCCAUUCAACAGACAUUUCUAUCCAAAGGAAUAUUUAUUAUUGGUAGGAUUUAUGUUUCUGUGGCGUGCCCAGUGAAUGGAGAGAAUGUGUUUACAUUCAAAAGAAUUUGUUUACAGCAGUUUGCUUAGUGAGAAUGAGCCCCACCCCCCACCACCCCCCACCCAUCCCAAUGGGAUGGGUGGGGGGUGGGGGUCUCUGGCCUCCACUGUCGUUGCAUCCACCUUCGUGCUUUAAUGUCAGAAUUUGUUAUGCAAUGACCACACACGUUACUGUGGAGCGAGCAAAUCUGCUGGGCUGUCGAUGUGGGCCAUACUGCAGUCUGUUCAGUCUAUUAUUUUGGAUGACACUGGUCUGUUCAUGCUCUUCAACACAAAGCUGCCGCGUGGGAGUUACAGCAUGUAGUGUCUGCAUGUGUGUGUGUGCGUGUGCAUGUGCAUGUGAGUGUGCACACCCAGAAUUCACAUAUGAUUUGAGUCUCGGUCUGUCAGAUUGACUGUGCUCCAGUAUACAAUGCAUUUCCAUGCAGUGCAAUUAUCAUUUAUUCGAGGAUCACCACUGUGUGUGAUUGUUAAGCAACUUCGUUGUAUAAUAAAUGGGUCUCUGGGAUGAUAACUUUUUUGUAUGCAUAUGACAGUUGGACGAUUACGCACACACCUGCUGUUAUUCUGUGGACACAAUGGGAAUUGAAACACAACACUUCCUGUGCCAGGAUUCGGCCUCAUAUGAACAUUGCAUGUUGUGCAAUAUAUUAAAUAUGUCAUUUUGCUAUCAAAUGUAGGCCCUCUGGAAGCUCAUCAGUUUAGGAUGUAGAAAUCACAAAGAGAAGUGCAAGUAUAUGAAAGAAAACAGCAAAAUGAACCUGCCUGCCUAAGUAAAUGUGUGGAUGCUAAUUGAGAUGUGCAGGUACUUGAUAACUGACUAGUGUUGGGAAUACAAUUUAUAGAUAAUUGGCUUCUACAUACAGAGCCAAGAUGUACACAGAUAUGUGGUAUUAUACAUUAUUGUUUUAGUAUACUAGUGCUCCUCAGAAACUUCCAUAUAUUUUAUUUUCAAUAAACGUGAGCUGAAAUAUUUCCAUGUUAAUAUAGCCAGUUUUGAACGCCAGGGAUCGGAGCGCCAGGACUUUCACCUGUGACCGCCAUCUGAUCUACUAAGCACUGAACCCACAUCACUUUUUUGGGCUAAGGCCUAGCCACCAGGCCCUCGCGACACGGGGCAGUCGCUGGAGAGAUUAUCUCAUCUGGCUGGCUUGGAAACAUCUUGUUGUCCUCCUGGAGGAGGUGGCAUAUUGGAUGUUGUCAGAACCUU